CCCAACCCUGCAGCCCAGUAAAUUUGGCUAUAAAACCCCUGCACCCCAUCGGCCGUCCUCCGCCUCUCCCCUUUUGCAUGCCUCACCGGCCUCUCCACCUCCUCCGCCUCCCUCCCUCCAAUGCGAUACCACUGCUAACCCCUGCUCCCCAAUCCGGAUCCCCCCAACCGACCCCCCGGAUUCGCCGUCCCCUCGCCCCCUCCCAGCUCCGCAAUUCCGUCCCCACUCCCGCAAUCUGAUCGGAUCUUUCGUCUCUCUGGGGGGGUUUUGAUUUCCCAUCGUCUUCUUUUCUCGGGUUGCGCGCCAGUGUUGUUGAUCCGUAUGGAGAUGAGGGGCGCGAAGGUGGUGGUGGCGGCGGCGGAGAGGACGGAGGAGAAAGAGAUGGACUUGCUCCUCAGCGAGAUCCCCCACGUCACGUCGCCGCAGGGCCAGCGCGGCGUCGGCGUCGGCGUCACCGGCCACGGCAACGGCGUGCAUGGCGCCGCGGGCGGCCACGGCUACGCCGCGCCGCGCUACGGUGAGGACGGCUACUUCGCCAUGGUCCUGAACCGUCGCGAUGAUGGCGCCCCACCCCAGGGAGGCGGCGUGGCCUUCGCCGCGCCGCUCUCCGUGGGCUCCGUGCCGUCGCCGGCGUCGGGACCGUUCGUCGGUAGCGCAGUGCCACCGCCGCCGCCGGCGGCGCGGGCGGUGGUCGACCCGGACCAGCAGUGGCUCGCGAGCCAGCUCCGCGGCCUGCGCAUCGGGGACGCGCCCGCCGCGGGCGCGCAGGCCGCGCUCCAGCGCCAGGGCCCGCUGGCCCCGCCUCCAGUCAAGAGCCCGGCCCCGACUGAUGUCUCCGCGGCGCGCGGCGCCUACCAUGGGUACAACUUCGCGGCGCCAGGUUCUUCCGUCCACCAUGAACACGUGUUCCUUGAUCAGGCCAAACCCGUCGGGUACGUCGCAGCACGGCCGCAGCGCUUCCUGUCGGACGUCGGCUUGGAUGGCUACGGCGGCUUCCCCAGAGGCCUGGACGCCAGCAUUGGCGGCUUCAUGUACAAUAGGGUAGGGCAUGGCACGGGCAUUGGUUGGGGCCAAGGUUUGGUGCACCCUGAUCUCGCCGAGUCCUACUUGCUUUCCAGGCACACUGGUGCAGAGUUUUUCAGUCCCAGUCCGAUUGCUCUUGACGUCCGUGGUGGACCAAUGGUACAAUAUGCAUAUGGUCUCCCCGUGGCAGACAACGGGUUUGCAAGAAAUGUAAAUCAGUUUGAGGCAUUUCGUUGUGAGAACAGUAUGAUGUUUGAUGGGAAGAAGAACAUGAACUUUUCGGAACGUGGGCUGGAGAGGAGAUUUCAGCAGUUUAUCAACAACAGGACACCGGAGCCUGGGAAUUCUAGGACUAUGAGGUAUGAGAACAUGGUUCGAGUUAAGGAGUACAUCUAUUUUAUGGCCAAGGACCAGUAUGGGUGCCGGUAUUUGCAGCAGAAGUUUGAGGAAGGGAAGCAUCAUGUGGAUGUGAUCUUUGAAGGAAUCAUCAACCACAUUGCAGAUCUUAUGAUCAACUCUUUUGCCAACUAUCUUGUACAGAAGAUGCUGGACGUGUGUGAUGAAGAGCAAAGGCUGAGGAUCAUCGUUGUGCUGACACAAGAUCCUCUGAGGCUGGUUGCUAUCUGUCUAAACAUGCAUGGGACAAGGGCAGUACAGAAAUUGAUUGAGACUGUUACGACCAGAGAGCAGAUUGUACUUAUUACUUCAGCCCUACAGCCAGCCUUCAUGGAGCUUGUCAAUGACCCUAACGGUAAUCAUGUAAUACAGAAGUGCCUGACAAACUUUGGGGCAGAUGAGAACAAGUUCAUAUAUGAGGCCGCUGCAGCUAACUGUUUUGAUAUGGCGAUACAUCGCCAUGGAUGCUGUGUUCUACAACGUUGCAUCUCUAGUGCCCGUGGUGCCUACCAGGCCAAGCUAAUUGUGGAAAUAUGUGCUCGUGGCUUUGAACUUGCUCAAGAUCCAUUUGGGAACUAUGUGGUACAAUAUGUUCUGAAUCUGAAAAUUCCUUCUGCAAAUGCUCACUUGGCAUCUCAGUUUGAAGGGGGGUAUAUUUAUCUCUCAAAGCAGAAGGUGAGCAGCAACGUGGUGGAGAAAUGCCUGAAGAUUUUCCCAGAUGAUGCCAAAGCUGUCAUAGUGCGUGAAUUGCUCAAUGGGUCUCAUUUUGAGCAACUGCUGCAAGACCCUUACGCCAACUACGUCAUCUACACUGCCCUUCUCAACACCAGGGGCCAUCUUCACAAUGCCCUUGUUGAAGCUAUCCGCCCUCAUGAGGACGCCAUCCGGACUAGCCCCUGUUGCAAAAGGAUCUCCAGGGCCCUCUCCAGGAGGUGAGAGAGGUGUACAACUUGUAUACCUGUGGUACCAAGAAGGCUGCCUGUAUUUCAUUGUUGUCAAUUUAUGUUCACUAGCUGUUCACCAUAAUGUACCUGUCCACACCCUGCCCAACACGAGCCUCGUCAGGGUCCUGAAAAGGCGGAUUUUGGUUACAAGAACAUCGGUUUAAGUUAUCGUCAGGUUGUAAAGAUUUUCCCCAGGUGGUACCCGCCCUUCUGUCUUCCGUGGUGUAGUUUUUUUUGCUGCACGCCUGUCCUGAUGGUGGUGCUGUAGUGUGGAGUUGUAAAAGAACCCGUGUGCUUUCUCCGCUGUAUCUGCUGUAUUUGUUUCCACGUUGGAUUGUGUGAAUUGUUACUGUUGAACAAGUCGUUAUACUUGUUGCUUUUUAUACAUAAAUGUUGUGUUUUGAGGAAUGACAUUUUGUGGAAA